UGUUGUUGCGCCUCGUAAUCGCGGUGUCGUCGUUUUCCGUUGUCUCUGGUUGUUUCUAAAUUCUUUGAAAUUCAUCAACUUUGCUAAACAAAAUAUUAAAAAAUACUGAAACCAAUUGCGGCGCAAAUUGCUGCUGUGUUUUAAAAAGUGAACAGAAUUACAAGUGUGGCCAUUAUUUGUAACAGAAACGUGCGCUUACGUCGGAUUGCGUGUGUUCCGACAAAUUCCAGUGUGAUUGUGUGUGUGGUGAAUUCAGCCCCCUUAACAUUCGCCUCCGCCCGACCGCCCGAAAGCCCCCCCCUCGACUCAAACGGCGUGCAAAAAGUAAAUUUUAGUGCAAAUAAAUUGCUUUGCUUAUCUCGGCGCGCGCGCUCGCUUGAUAUGGCUAUGUGUGUGCGUGGUGUGAGAGCGUGUAUGUGUGUGUGUGUGUGUGUACGUUUGAGUGUUGUUAAUUAAUUUACAAAGCCGCACAGCUUCAGGCUCAAAUAACAUAUACAAAUUUGUGAAUUUGUUGAUUUCUUUCGUUGGCAGAGCGCGUGUCAUAAACAAGUGCGAGUUCGUUUCUGUUCACCACGCGCGACCUGCUAAAACAAAACAGCCAACAACAAAAACCAAAACAACAAUAACAACAAAAACCAUAACAACAACAACAACAGUAAAAGCUUCCUUCUGGCGCUUCGUGUACUUGAAAACGAAAGUUCUUUUGCAUGCAAACGGUUGUGCAUAAAAAAGCAUACUCACACACACACACACGCAUAGUCAAACACACACACACGCAUACAUAGAGAAGAGCACUCGCAGAGCGCGAAAACUGGCAGCAGCGGCAGCAGCAACAACAACAACAGCAACAAGAGGAGGCGCCGUGGCCACUUGGCCUUGAACUUGUGCGGCGCGGGAGCGCAGCGAUUGACAACUUUAUGAAGAGACAGUUUCAUUGACGACUGCGGGAAUUCAAAGGUGACACAAAACGGUUGCAGCAUAAGGAAAACAGGUGGAAGCGGCAGCAACCACAACGUCAGAGUCAAUUGAUAAGCGCAACAACAAUAAAGUAACUAAGAACAGAAAUCAGGAAUAAACAAAACACCUAAAAGUACACAGAUCAAGUGGCUUACUAUCAUUCAAAUGUUGCCAUAUACAACAACUAAAUAAAUAUAUACGUAACAUAUAUUUAUAAACUUAAAAAAAAUGUUAACUAGUUGUCAUUGGACAUUUUAAAGGCACUAGAAACGUUGGACUUUUUUCAUGUUGCUCAACAGCGGCAUUUGGCAGCGAAACUUUUUAUCUGUACCUGUUGUUUGCGCACGCAAAAGGAAACUUUAACAAGAUACCUGAGAACACUUUAUACAGCAACAUAUUUAUUUAACUAGUAACAACAACAACAACAACAAUCACAACUGCAAACAAUAAUAAAGAAAAAGCCGUCGAAAAGCCGUCCAGCAGUUAUAUACAAAGCCUAUAUAUAUAUAUUUAUAUAUAACAAAUAGAGCAGUGAGAGAAGUAUAUGUCUAUUAAAUAUGCCCAACGUCUGCCACAACAUCAACAACAACUACAGCAUCCAAAAUAAGCAGAAUUAAAGCAUAUACUUCCCAACAUUUCUAUCGACAAACACAAGGAAGCACAGUAACUUCAACCUGAAGACGUGCUCAGGGCAAUAGACAUCAUUAUUAUUAUAUUUGAGCAUCAAAUCUGUAUCGGAAUCUGUUGCCAUGGGUCGCAAAAAAAUUCAAAUUUCACGCAUCACCGACGAGCGCAAUCGACAGGUGACCUUCAACAAACGCAAGUUCGGCGUUAUGAAGAAGGCCUAUGAACUGUCAGUGCUCUGUGACUGUGAGAUCGCCUUGAUCAUCUUCUCGUCGAGCAACAAGCUGUAUCAGUAUGCCAGCACUGAUAUGGAUCGGGUGUUGUUGAAGUACACCGAAUACAAUGAACCACAUGAAUCGCUGACCAACAAGAAUAUAAUUGAGAAGGAGAACAAAAACGGCGUCAUGUCACCGGAUUCACCCGAAGCGGAGACCGAUUACACGCUCACACCGCGCACUGAAGCCAAAUACAAUAAGAUCGACGAGGAAUUUCAAAAUAUGAUGCAGCGCAACCAAAUGAGCAUUGGCGGUGUCACGGGGGGCGGUGGCGGUGGUGGCGGCGGUGGUGGCGGUGGCGGUGGUGGACCGAAUAGACCAAUGCCAAAUACGAGUUACACGCUGCCAGUAUCGGUGCCAGUGCCGGGUUCGUACGGUGAGAAUCUGCUGCAGGCCAGCCCACAAAUGUCCCACACAAACAUCAGCCCACGUCCAUCGAGUUCGGAGACGGAUUCAGGUGGGAUGUCCUUAAUAAUCUAUCCAUCGGGUACCAUGUUGGAGAUGUCAAACGGUUAUCCACAUUCACAUUCGCCGCUUGUGGGAUCACCCAGUCCAGGUCCCAGUCCUGGCAUAGCGCAUCAUUUGCCCAUUAAACAACAAUCACCGGGCAGCCAGAACGGACGAGCUUCCAAUUUACGUGUCGUUAUACCGCCCACUAUAGCGCCGAAUAUGUCGGCGACAGCGGAGGAUGUGGCCUAUGCAGAUGUAAGUUCAAUUUCACAACAAUACCAUCAACUAACUAGAAUUCAGCGACAGAGCCAGACAUCGCUGAAUACGCCGGUGGUGACGCUGCAGACACCGAUGCCCGCGCUGACGAGCUACUCAUUUGGGGCGCAGGACUUUUCGUCAUCGGGGGCGAUGAGUGCGGACAUAAUGAGCCUGCCGCAGUGGCAUCAGGGUCUCGUACAGCAGCACACUAGGUGGGUAGUCCAGGCCCCGAGCCCGGCGAAUAGCAGCAGCAGCAGUCCCAGCAGGCAAACACUUAACGGCGACCAACAUCAUAAUCUGCCUUGCAGUCUAUCGCACUUGGCUGUCUCGAAUAGCACACCGCCGCCCGCCAGCUCACCCGUCUCCAUAAAGGUCAAGGCGGAGCCACAAUCGCCGCCACGCGAUCUCUCCGCCAGCGGCGGACAUCAGCAUAAUAGCAACGGCUCAACGGGCAGCGGUUCCAGCAGCAGCAGCACCAGCAGCAAUGCCUCAGCCAAUGGUGGUGCCACAGGUGGUGGUGGUGGUGGCGUUGGUGGUGGUGGUGGUGGCUCAAUCAAUGCAUCCAAUGUCAUCACACACUUGAACAAUGCCAGCAUAUUGUCUGGAGCGCCUGGUGGAGGCGGCGGGGGAGGUGGCGGGGGAGGUGGCACCAACGGCAGCGCCGAGCAAGCCACCAAUUUGAGCGUCCUAAGUCAUUCGCAACAGCAUCUGGUCAUGCCCAAUUCACGGCCCUCAUCCACUGGCCACAUAACACCGACUCCAGGGCAUGAUAAGUAUGAAGGAUAUCCGUACCGCGCUCUUAUGGGACAUAAUCCUAGAUGGAAUUUUGCCGGUGCGCCCAGCAGCGAACAGGAUGUACGUCUGGCUGCCGUCGCUGUGCAACAACAACAGCAGCAGCAGCAGCAACAGCAGCAGCAGCAACAACAGCAGCAGCAGCAGCAACAUCAACAACAGCAACAAUUAAGUGAUUAUGAUGCGCCCAAUCACAAAAGGCCGAGAAUAUCGGGCGGAUGGGGCACAUAGCCGGCACGUGGCGCCGCUUUAAGCAACUAUAAGCUACAACAACAACAACCACAACAACAGCAACAUCACAACAGCAACAAGAAGCCAGUCAGCAGCAACAGCAGCAGCAACAGCGAGAGCGAGAGCGACAACGAUCUGGUCAUGAUGCCACCGCCACCGCGUAAAGAAACAACAACGUCAUCAAGUCGCACGUUUCUAAAUGCGAUUAAUUAUGGGCGUGGCAGUUACGAUUGCUAUGGCCAACAUCUAGCUGUUGGCUAUGCACCGGAGCAACAGUAGCGACAACCACAACAACAACAACAACAACAUAUAGAAGAAAAAUAUUGAGAUGAACAAGAACAGUUUCCAGACCAGUGCAAUAGUUAUGAAUGGGAAGUCGAGCUGGAAGCGAAAGGUUUUGUUAUUGAUUUAAGUUUAAGCAAAACAAGUGACAGUGUCAUAUCUACAAUUAUUGUCUAAUGUGUAACUUAUGCUAAUAAGUAUAUAUAUAACAUAUACAAAUACAUAUAUAUUAUAUAUGGUAAUAGUUAUAAUUUUAAAUUAUAUAUACACACACACACACAUCUAAACAUAUAUACACCUAUAUACAAAUAUGUGUGUCAUAUUUGCCUCCCCCCCGUCACUCCCCCAAGAGCCGUUGAAAGCCGUAGUUAGUUAAUUACAUAUGAUACUAUGAUAAAUUGAAAUUAAUAUCUAAGCGCAAGAGAUAAAAGUGAGUUUUGAAAGCGACUUGCGACUCGAAAAGAGCAUUAGUUAGUUAUUAGUGUGUUGAGCUGAUUUAGUUUAAUUCAAUUUAAUGUUAACUUUAAGUCAACAAUAUCACACACACACACACACACACACCCAAACAAACAAGUAUGAUGUACAUAUUUUAUUUGGUUUUUAGGCUAAAUUGAUCACUGAAACUAGAACUACAUACAAAAAGAAAUAUAAUUACAAGAUACGUAAAACAUGCAA